AUGGGCCGCGAAACUCACCGCCGCCAGGUCCGACCUCUGCGCAUAAACAAAAACAGCCCGACGUCGUCGCCCGCGAAGAUGAGCUCCACCGGUCCGCUUUCCGAGAUCAGCCCCAUGGAGCACCGCCGGAACUCGCCCAGCCACAAGCUGGCCACGAAGAUUACCGUCCCUGGCCAGGACACCCCGCCCUCGGAGACGUCGCCCUUCGGCACGUCCUCGAAACACCGAUUCUGGCAGUCGCGCGACCCUAAUUCGCCCGACGUCGAGAACUCGUUCGAGCGCGAGCAGCAGACCCUGUCGCCCAAGCGCAGCUCCAUUGAGAACCUCAUGAAGGCCUCCCGCGUAAGGAACAGCACCAUGUUCGCCCGCGAGCAGAAGAACGAGUAUGACCCCACCAAGCUGCCCAUUGUCGAGCGCCCGCUCGCCUCCAACCGUCCUCUCAGCGCUCAGGGAUUCGUCCCACGCGGCUUCGAUCCUUUGCGCAACCGCGAUAUUCCUUCUAAGAAGCAUCAGCACAGCCGCAGCGACAGUGCCGACACAACCCCUCGUGGCUCGCCAUCCAAGUUCGACGGUAGUUACAUGACCAACUCCUCACCGACAAAGACCCACGCUUCGCCUCUUAGAUCUUCUCUUUCUCGAAAUGGCAGAUAUAGCACCAGCUACGACAAUGACUCGAGCGUGCUCUCUUCUGAUGACGAGCGCGUGGGUGAAGGCCCGCAGCGCCCGCUGCGUCGUCAUGCGAAGAGCGUUACAUUUGAGUCGAAGCCGCCUGUGGUCAACGAGUACGAAAUGGUGACCCCCGAACCUUCGCUGGCAUCGCGCGAGGGCAGCGACUACUCUGACGACGAUGACGAGGAGGACUACGAGUUCGAGGGCGAUUCCAUGGAGCGGGACGACAGUUUUGACGAGUCUCUCGAGGACACAGAAAAGACGCCGGUCGUAUUGCCUGGUGACUGGCGCCACAUGAGUCCAGAAGCUGCGAACACCGAUUUGGCCAAUACUUUCGAAGACCCCUUCGAAGGCGCGGAAUCAAGCCCUCCUCCUUCUGCAAUGCCCAACUCUCAGCGGACUGAGCACGUGCGCAACCACUCCACCGCAUCCGAUCCCGAGCAACGCCCACUUCCCCCUCUUCCUCCCAUGCAGGGCUCUCCUGAUUCUCGUGGACGGAGAGAGUCCCUUAAUGGUCUUUCUGCUGCCGCCGAGCGUGCUAGCAGCGCCCACCGCUCGUUGCCCUCGCCACCCCGUAUUGGAGCAAGCAUUUCCAAGUCCGAUAUUCUCAGUAUGGGUCGCAACUCGCCCAUGUCUCUGGAAGAUCGCCUGCAGCUCAUGGGAAUUCAUGGAUCACGUGAACCGACGCCUACCAUGGAUAACAGGGACGAGGUAUCGAAGGAGGCGGAUCAUGAGAGGAAGGAUAGCCAAGACGCGUUGAAGGUUGAGGACCCUGCUGAAGACAACGAGUCAGCCCUGGACGAGAUGGACAUUCCGCACAUCUCACGCGAGUCGAUCCUCGAGAAGGUCAAGAGUCGCAACUACGACGACUACGACAUUGGCGAACAACCUUCUAUGACCUCUGAGCACAACUAUGGGGAGAUUGGGAUGUAUGAUCCGGACGUCCCUAUUCCUUCUCGCGAGGUUUCUUCCAACUUCGAUGAGAAUGUCCCCGAUGAGCCUGCCCACGUCAAGAAGGAAGAUGGAGAGGUCACGCUGGAUUUCAACGCGAUUCCUGACCUCAACAGCGCACAAGGCUCACCUGCCAAUAAUGAUGGUAAUGAUGAUGAGGACGAUGACAACUACAGCGACGCGGGCUCCGUCAUCCGUCAUGAUAUUAGCGGUACCGAGGUCGACGAGUAUGACGAUGACGAUGCGAGCCGUUACUCAACCCCUCACGAUGAAAUCGAGGAGAAGCAGGUCCACAACAACAGCACGGAUGAGGAUGAUGGCCCGCCCACCCCCAAAGCUGAAGACCGUGCAGCAAGCGACGAGGCACGUCAAAAGGAGCACCAGAAAGUUGCCGAUAUGCCCGAGUUCGGCUCGUUCAACAACGAGGAGGAUUUCCACCUGCAGCUUCAGUCGUAUCUCGACAAGAACCGGAGUACCUCGGCAAUGGAUUCGGGUCCCAAGCUCGAGCCCGAUGAGGACUUCCUUCAACGCCCGCUUACGCCGGAUGACGAACUCGAGCCUCCGAAGGCGCUUGAUGCGGAGGAUGAGGAUGGACGUGAUACUCCUGACUCGGCCAUUCGUAACCCUAUUGAGCCUCCGGAGCGCGAGGACUCGGCUGAAGUCGAGGACCCUAUUGCAACAAUCAAGGCUCCCGGUGGUUCUUUGAGGACCCGUCCUUCGGCCACGCCUUCUGACUUUGCCACCAUGGCCGCAACCCGCCGCAAAGUUAGCGGUGAGGCUCCCCCGCCUAUGGUAGACCGCAGUCCUACCCGGUUGUCCAUGACUCGUGAGGAUGAUGAUGAGGAGGAACCGUCGCACCUCUCGCACGUCUCGGAAGAGCAAGAGUCUACUACAGACGACGAGACGAAGAGCGAGGGCGAUCAGCCCAGGCGUCGUCCAAGCUUCAGGAUGCAGAUCGAUCUCCCCGUGGGUGACAUUGGUGAAGACUUGAGUUUCGACCUCGACCGUGAGUUCGAUCGCGUCGUCGAGGCUCAAAAGAAGGGUUACCUUAUGCGUCAGAACACGAAGGUCGUCGUAGCUAGCAGCCGCCAGUUCAGUAGCGAGACCACGAACGUACCGUCUGCAGAAAGCUUGGCUCCUCCUCCCACCAAUGACCGUGGUGUGGUUCCGGCGCCCGGUAACAGAUCGGGAAGUGGUUCUUCGUCAAAGAAGAACCACCGCGACCGCAGUAACACUUGGACAACUGAGCCUUGGAAUGGCCAAGAGAGCGCUGUCGCUGAUAACUUCGGCGACAUGUCAAUGAUUGACGAGAGCGACGAGAACAUGGAAAGAGGCAGGCUGUUUGUCAAGGUCGUUGGCGUUAAGGACCUUGAUCUGCCAUUGCCGAAGAAUGAGCGAACUUGGUUCCAGCUCACCCUGGAUAACGGCCUUCACUGCGUCACCACUGCUUGGCUUGACCUUGCUCGCAGCGCUCCGAUCGGCCAAGAGUUUGAGCUGGUUGUCUUGAAUGACCUCGAAUUCCAACUGACCUUGCAGACUAAGCUCACACCGCCGCCGAAGCCCAAGGUGACCGCACCGCCACCUGCUCCUGCAAAGCCGACGGGUCACAAGAAGUCCAACUCUGCAUUUGGGCGUCUGCUCACCUCGCCGAAGAAGCGCAAGGAGAUGGAGCGCAAGCAGCAGGAGGAAGCCGAGCGCGCCGCCGCACUGAAGGCUCAGGAGGAGCGUGAGGCGGCCAGACGCGCGAAGGCCAAUCCGACUGCCUGGGACCUUCUCCACGAUCUUGUCGCACCGGAUGGCUCCUUCGCACGUGCCUAUGUCUGCCUCAAGAACCACGAGCGACAGGCUUAUGGUCGUCCAUUCACCAUUGACGUCCCCUGCUUCAACGAGUGGGCUUUGGAGGAUGCGGAGAUUGCCAACAGUGUCAAAAGCAAGCGGGGUGGCCCUGUUCGCCGCCCUCCGUACAAGGUUGGAAAGUUGACCCUACAGCUUCUUUACGUGCCAAAGCCCAAGGGCGCCACCGAUGACGACAUGCCCAAGAGCAUGAAUGCUUGCAUUCGCGAAAUGAAGGAAGCCGAGGAGACCAAGGGACGUGUGUGGGAAGGACAUCUCAGCCAGCAAGGUGGCGAUUGCCCUUACUGGCGCCGCCGUUUCUUCCGGCUCUCUGGCUCAAAGCUCACAGCUUACCACGAGACUACUCGACAGCCCCGUGCCACAAUCAAUCUCGCCAAGGCAGCGAAGCUUAUCGACGACCGCACUACGCUUGUCCACAACAAGGAUGGCGGCCGUCGCAAGUCAGGCUUUGCUGAAGAGGACGAGGGCUAUGCAUUCGUCGAGGAGGGUUUCCGUAUUCGUUUCGGUAACGGCGAGACGAUUGACUUCUAUGCCGACAGCGCAGAUCAGAAGGAUGCGUGGAUGCAGGUGCUCUCCGAGGUUGUGGGGAAGAGCACCAUGUCCAGUUCAGCAAAGGCAUGGACUGAAUUGGUGUUCAGGAAGGAGAAGGAGGAAAGGGCAGCAAUUCGCGCUCAGGAAAAGGCGGCAGCCGUCGCACAACAGGAAGGCGAGCAGUCCAAGUUCGACCCAACCCACCCAACCCGGCCUGGAAUGUACGACAGGGAGACAACCAACAGCGACCCCUCAAUCAACACCAAGCGGUACCACCGACGCAGCGAAGUUCCCCCUCCGCCGAUUGACAAGAGCCCGCGGCACCAUGCCAUCGCAACUGCGCCUCGGGCGUCUUCGCGGCGCGGUGAGGUCAAGUCGAUGAUCUUCUAA